AAGAGGGAGGACGGGGCAGCCUGCAGGGGCAGCAGCUACUGCCUUCUCUGCAGCUUGGUGGCCAGGGGUGGAAGGAAGCCGCAGCCGCAACCCCAAGUCAGCCCCCGCUGCCCCAUCCCACCGCUUCAUCACUCCCCCCUCGGGCAGUUGGCAACCAGAGGCCACAUCUGCAGAAGUGCUUCAAAGCCAAAAAUGGAAGUGACUCUCACGGAACAGAGAAGUCAAGGUCUGAGUAACCAGAGGAGACUGCAUCAAGGAGACUGAACAUGAGCUGGGCCUAGGAAGAAGAAAAAAACGGGCUUUCAGGUGAUUUAUUUCUUCUGAAUGUGAAGAACACUGGUAUUCUCCGUGAAGAAGAGGCAACACUGAAGAGUGGACAACAGUUUUGGCUACUCUCCAACUCAGUUUUCAGCAUCCCCUUGUGACUUCUUCAUAGCUAACAGCUCUGGCUACUUGCUCGUGACACUGUCUCUCUAAUCACAGGGCAAACCCACUGUCUGCCCUUGGCCUCCAGUACUGGGUCUCAAUUUUACUUAGCCCCACUUGAUUCUAGAAGAUAUAAUGGAGAAGUACACAGAAUCCCUGCCUACACUGCAGGUAGAGCAUUCCUCCCUUCAGGCAGAGGAUCUGAUAAUACCACCACAAAAGCAACAUUUGACUAAGGAGGACACUGCUCUGAAGGGCCAAGUCAUGCCUGCCCUGGACACCCCUAUGAUGUCUGUACCCUUCUCGUUUGAGCAUCUCUCCCAGUUUCGUGGUGACCCUGACAGUCUCUCAGUGUUUCUUGCUCAGGUGACUACCAACUUGACAGCUCUCAAGACCCUCAGUCCUGCAUAUGAUGCCCAAAUUAAGUGCUUCUUUGAUUUCCUAUCUCAGCAGAUGGAAAGUAAUGGGGUCAUGUCUGGGCCUGACCAGAGUACUCUGCUGCAACAAUAUGAUGACUUUGUUCUUAAGUUCCAGCAGUCAAUGUGUGAGCCCGCAAAACAAGAGAUGAGCCCUCUAGACAAAGGGGACAACUCUCAGCAGGAUGCUACUACUUUUCACUUCCUUGCUCAAAAUCUGAGCUGUAAUGAAAACAGUCGGAGUGAUCACCUCCAAGAGGGACUGCCUGACCCCAUCCAGCAUGAAAUGAGUGGCACAGAUAUGAUGGACAACCUUCCAGACCUGAUCACUCAGUGUAUGCAACUGGACAAGAAACAAAAUGACUGGCCAGAGCUCCUACAGUCAGAGGCCCAUUUCCCAGUGUUGGCUUCUCAGAUCCACCAGCAAGCCCUCUCCAUCCCUGCAGGUCUAUCAUCCAAGGAAGAGUCUGUACAGCUGCGAGGAAGCCAGCCGCCUCUUACCCCAGCCAAACGAGCCCGCCAGCAAGAAACUCAGUUGUGCUCCUACUGUAGCCAGGCUGGUCACUUCACAAGAGAUUGCCUUGCCAAACGUUCCCGAACCCCAGCAAGGGUAAAUAACUCAGCUCACCAGCAAGAGGAGCCCAGGCAAUUCACUUUGUAAACUUACAUCCCUCUCACCUCUAGCCUUACUGAUUUAUAUCCUGCACUUUAUAGACAGUCAUGAACUCAUGUGCUUCUGGGAAUUUACACAACCAGAUCUUGUUCAUUUGGUGACCCAUCACUAAACCUAAUCCAACAAUGAUGAAAACAAUUAACAGGCCCUUUUCAUAGUUCAUACCAACUCGCCAAGAGCACUGAAAACCUGCAGGCAAAACUCUGCCUUGUCUUAGCCAGUGCAAACAACUCAGUGCAUUAGGAACCCAUCCCCACUAAUGAUGGAGAUCUGCGUUGAAUUUGUUCACCCAAGUGUUCUGUGCCUACGACUCAGCCAAGCCUUUUACCCCCACCCUACCCUCUGUAUCCUAGUUCCCUUUUGGUUUAGGACCAUUAGCUGAAGUCCUAACUGCAUUCCCAUAUCCUACCAAUAUUUUCCUACUAGAGGCGGAAUCCUGCUCCACCUAUUGAGUAGAGUCCAGCUUCAACACAAAGCAUCCUGCAUGGAAACACAGCUCUGCCACCCUUCAUACAGCUAUGUAUUUUGUGCCAUUUGAAGACUUCGGUCUGCCCCACAAACUGGCCAUCUUGGCUGUUGACAAACAAGAUGGUAUGGCCCUUUGAACACUCUGCUUGGAACUAUUGGUCCAUUUCUUUGAGGGCUGGCCCUUCGGGCUGGUGCAUAUUUGCAAUGUUGCAAUACUUUGACAAGUAUUUAUAAGACUUGGGAGAGGAGUCCCAUCCUAGUUAUUGUGUCUGUAGCAUGUCCUGGCUGCAUUCAACAGGAAGCCUGGCUAAGUAAAUCUCCACUGAAGACUGAGAGUCAGGCCCUGCAGUAGUUUCUGACUCUGGAGGCAUCAGUGUGAUCUGAGGAUCACUGCCCAAUGAUGUUGAGUUCUAUUCUUAGGGACUACCUCUGAGAACCCUCAUCUAGCUGAGGAUCUUGGAGAGCAAUUAAUGGCAGACAACUUUCUGAACCAUCCUAUCUGAAAAAUCCUGGGACAUAUACAUCAACACCAUCUGUACAUAGAAGUCAAGAACUGGGGGUUUGAUUGCUUGUGUUAUGCUCUUGGCAUGUGACAGCUUUGUAUAUGAGUUCCUAAUGCUUCUGAACAAAAGUAAUGCCAUGCUGGAAAUACACAACUCCCUAAAAUGUGAAGGAUAUCAAGUGAUGAUCAGUGUUGGAUAUUAAUUACCAGUCCUCUGUUCUCUACUCCUUGGUGCUGAUGUAUGUCGCUAUAAUGGAUAUUCUGAAGAAAUACCAGAUUCCAUAUUCCCUAGAAGCCAUCAAGGCCUCUCAGAACAUGCCAUGCCAUUGUACUUUGGCCUUUCUGCCCAUCAGUGCCUCACUAACCACUGUUUCAAUCCUUGUUGGCGUUCACAAGAGGUCUCCUUUAUCAAUAGCUUGCUAUGCAUCCACCUUACUCCAUAUGCUCUCACAACAACAAAGCUGAAUGCGUAUAGUCCAGUUGUGCCAAGAAAUGUCCACUAGGGUACUGGGAUGUAUGAGAUCUUCUAUCAAGUAGAUCAUUUGUACUUUCAGUGACUGGGAUUACCUGGACGUAUCCUGAUCUAGUACUAAAAUUUCUGUAAUAAAGGACUAACCCAAUGGUCUCCAGUUUCUUUCCUUACUGACCCCAAUACAGUCCUGGAUGCUGAUAGGAGCGCUUAGUUGGCUUCAUCACCAGUCUUUCCUUAUCUUAGGGUCACUGUUUAUCAUUCUGUGCUCUCUCACAAAAAUGUGUCAAUUUAUUUCCUGUUGGGACCUUUCCUCUGCAGCAACAUUACCUUCUUCCCCAGGACAUCUUCAUAUUUUAUAACCUGUUAAAACAAAUAAUUGAUCCUGGACUAUGAACUUCAGUUCAGCUCUCAUUUCUAGAAGCCCCUUUUGAGGAAUUCCCAAUCAAGGCCCUCUUGUGCUCUAUGUGAAAAAAUCCAAAAGCCAAACAGCAUAUGGAUAGGAUGUUGGGAUAGUGCUUAACUGUCUACUAGCUAGUAAAUAUUUCGCUUGCCACUUCAAAAUUUUGUUAUGCCACCAUCUACUUCAGCUAGAAUGAACUCAUUAUUUAGCAUAGAAUUCCACCAGUAUGUCCUCAGAACUUACACUGAAGUGAAUUUCUCUGAGAAUGAAACUGAUUAAAACCUACAGAGAAUAGCUGAUCUGUAACCUACUCAAAGAUAUAGUCAGCAACUACAAAGUCUUGGGCAAUCCUCAAGUCCAAUCAAGGUUGUAGUUUAAGAAGGCAGAUCUGGUAUAUGAUUAAUGCCACCAAGCAAGAUAAAAUCUAAUCAUUUUAUGGUAAGUAUGAAGAAGGAACUGUCAACAAGAGAAUAGUCUGCAAAGUCUAGAAAAAGGGGCAGUUAAAGACCCAUAAGGCACUGGUAAUCUCCCUAGACUCAGAGAGGGAAUGUUGUCCUGCAGAUAAUUUGGCAGAUCCACCUACAGUGGGGUAAAGGCUGUAGGCCAUCCCAAUUUGUGUCAUUAGCUAUUAAGAUCACCACCAAAUUCCCCUUUCUCUGACUCCCUGCUCUGAGAAGUAAUCUGAUUGUAAUUACUUUCCCACAUAAACUUAGUUAUGAGAAGAAAAUUUGCCAACCAGCUGACAGGAGUGUCCUAACCUACUGGGCAGUUAAUUCCCAUUAUAAACGAAUAA